GUCGAUUGCAAAAAUAGUUUUCUGCAUAUUAUGCAAAUCAAAGAACGAUCCAUUGAAAAUUUGAUCGAUCAGUCCCGUGCAAUUUUCACAGAAGACCAACGGGAUAGUAGCGUUGAAUAUUCAUUUAAAUAUGCAGUGUAUCGUAUAAAUAAGGACAAGAUGCUAUUGCCAAAUACCCAACUAAUAUAUGAUAUCGAAUAUGCCCCACGAGAUGAUUCCUUUCGUACAACCAAAAAAAUAUGUCGGCAGUUGGAGUCUGGAGUUCAGGUUAUUUUUGGGCCAACAGACCCCUUGCUUGCAGCCCAUGUACAAUCAAUAUGUGAAUCAUUUGAUGUGCCACAUAUCGAGACGCGCAUUGAUUAUGACACAAGUACCAAAGAGUUCUCUAUAAAUCUAUAUCCAUCUCAGCGUCUUAUGAACUUGGCGCACCGUGAUUUGAUGGUUUUUUUGAAUUGGACAAAAAUUGCCAUCAUUUAUGAAGAUGACUAUGGCCUCUUUAAUCAACAAGAUCCAAUGCACUUGACUGCAGAUUUUCGGACAGAAAUGUAUAUUCGCCAGGCAUCGCCGGAAACUUAUCGGCAAGUACUGCACGCUAUACGUCAAAAGGAGAUUUAUAAGAUUAUUGUAGAUACCAAUCCAACAAAUAUAAACACAUUUUUCCGUGCGAUUCUUCAACUACAGAUGAAUGACCAUCGAUAUCAUUACAUGUUUACAACAUUUGAUCUGGAAAUUUUCGACCUGGAGGACUUCAAAUACAACGGUGUCAAUAUUACUGCUUUUCGUUUGGUUGACGUCGAAAGCCGGCGAUUCGAAGAGGUUAUCGAGCAAAUGCAAAAAUUACCCCAUAGUGGAUUAAACUUUAUCAAUGGACAGCCAUAUAUACAGGCUCAGUCUGCUCUAAUAAUUGAUUCGGUAUACACUUUUGCCGCUGGUCUUACGGAACUUGACCGAAGCUAUUUAUUAACACAGCAUAACAUUUCUUGUGCGGCCGACAUGCCGUGGAAUGAUGGCCUAUCUUUAUACAACUAUAUAAAUUCGGCUUCUAUAAAUGGCUUGACAGGAAGAGUAAACUUUAUGGAAGGUCAUCGAAAUAAAUUUCAAAUUGAUUUACUUAAACUAAAACACGAGAAGAUUCAAAAAGUUGGUUUUUGGAAACCUGAGGUCGGUGUAAACAUCACUGAUCCAACCGCUUUCUAUGAUAUUCAUACCAGCAAUACAAUGUUAGUUGUGAUGACACGUGAAGAGAAACCUUAUGUAAUGGUCAAAAAUGAUGUCAAUGUAACGGGUAAUGGCCGUUUUGAGGGGUUUUGUAUUGAUUUACUAAAAUCCAUUGCCACACAAGUAGGAUUUCAAUAUAAAAUCGAAUUAGUUCCGGAUAAUAUGUAUGGAGUUUAUAAUCCAGAUACAAAUGCUUGGAAUGGCAUUGUUCGAGAGUUAAUGGAACGGGCUUCAUUUACCAAAAAUCCUGACGUGAUGGAGCAUUUUGAAGGUCAGAUUCGUUUUCAGCGCAUAAAAAACUACAAGAAACAAUCAGCGUAA